CUCUGUUUCUUUUUAAACAAAUGCAUACCCAAAACUCUAACUCAAUAAGAUUAUUCAUUCUUUAAGCACAAAAAAACAACCAUGGCUGUUAUUUUUUCAGGGAAAUAUUUUCCACUUCUUAAUCUCCUACUCAUAUUCAUCAUUUUUACUAAUCAAGCCAAAGCCAACAACAACCCACAAAACUUCCACUAUUUCUGUGAUCACAGCAACGAGAGAGGUAACUACACAACAAACAGCACCUACGAAACAAACCUCAACACACUUUUAUCCACUCUCAUUUCCAACACACAAAUCAAUUACGGUUUCUACAAUUUCUCAUUCGGCGAAAACAUAAACAGAAUCACAGCCAUUGGAUUAUGUAGAGGAGAUAUAAAACCUAACGAUUGUCAUGACUGCCUCAACAAAUCCAAAGCAAAUCUCACACAACUUUGUCCAAACAAAAAGGAAGCAAUUGGUUGGUACGAGGAUGAAAAAUGCAUGUUGCGUUACUCAGACCGUUCAAUAUUUAGCCUCAAUGAAAUUGGACCUGCAUAUUUUGCAUGGAGCUUACAAAAUGCAACUUCGUUAGAUGCGUUUGAUGAAGCAGUUGAAAAUUUGUUACAAAUACUUAAAAUUGAUGCUGCUGCAGGUGACUCUAGUCGUAAAUUUGCUACAGAAAGUGAGAUUGUUGGUAUAGAUAAUAAAACUAUAUAUGGUCUUGCUCAGUGUACACCUGAUUUAUCUGGUCCACAAUGUGCCAAUUGCUUGAAUGAGUCUAUUACAGAAAUUUCAAGAUGUUGUAAAAAUAGGAUUGGUGCUAGAAUUGUUAGACCUAGCUGUAAUUUGAGGUUUGAAACUUCAUUUCAAUUCUAUCAAACUAUAGCAGAUUCACCGUCACAACAACCUCCAUCACCAAUACCAUCAGCAUCACCUCAUUCCUCUGAUCAAGGUAAGAACAAUACGUCGUCAGGAACUGAAGUGGAUAUGAUCCCGUUGUUGUUGCUGCUGCUGUGCUCGUUGUUAUAUGUGCUUGUUUAAGAAUAUACUCACUCAAAUGUAGGGAAAAAAAAUAAAAAAACACACCAAUUAAAAAAA